AUGGCUCGCGAGCGUGUCCGGGUUAUUGUAAAGCAGCAGGACGCGCAGCCGCGGAUUGCGAGCGCCUCCAGCGCUGCCGGCGCUGGAGGAUGCUCCGGCACGCACUGCUCCGGCUCGGGGAGACUCAUCCCCAUCCCCAUCCAGCCCGCAAACGACACCCGGGACUGCCGGGGGAUAGAGUGCAGGCUGCCGCUGAGGAUCGGAGCCAAGCCCCGGGGAAGGUCCUGCGUCGGGGACGGCUGUGCCCCGGAGGAGGAGAGCGCGCCCCCGGACCCGGUGCGCAGAGUGAGACUGUGUUGGAUACAACCUGAUGACUGUACGGAGGCGGGGCCUGAGGAGGACCAAUCAGGAGUGAGGAUGAAGCGGUCCAAAGUCAUCAGUUACCAGGGCAUGGUUACUGAGGUGGUGAGUGAGGGGGCGGGGCUGUAUGUGAUUGACAGGAAGGUGGGUCUGUGUCUGGCCUACCAGCCGUCAGCCAGGAGGAAGCUGAGAGCAGGAGACCAGGUGGAGCUGCAUCACAUCCACUUCCUGUAUCAGCCCUGUCCUGACUUCCCUCCCAGCAUGCUUUGCAGCUGCCUCCACUCCACUGUCAGGGUGACCUCCUUCAGCAGAGUAGGAGGCUCUGCUUCAGCCCCCCAUUGUCCUGGGGAUGGAGUGUUGCCACGGUUACUGCUGCAGAACAACACAGGCGUGUCUGAGUACUUGUGGACAUGUCACCUGUCUUCACAGCUGUCCCAGAGUCUGGUCCCAGGUGUCCUGAAGCAGCAGUGUGUGUGUCUCCUGUCCUGGAAACUGAUGGAGACGCUGUGGAGACGAAAAGGACGAGGACAAAGAGACAUCUACUCAGAGAUGCUGGAUGAGCCCCACACCUGUCCUCUGACCCGGUACAGUGUGGACUCUGCGGUUCACCAGUGCCUCAGCGUGUCAGACCUCCUUCAGUCCCUCCGGUCCACCUGCUGGUCGUCUCUGUGUCUGAGGUCUGUGUUGGGUCCUGAGGGUUCUGGUCUGUCCAUGUCUGAGAUCAGCCUGGCUCUGUCCUGGUCCUGCAGGACUCUGUCCUCCGACCCUCGGAGAGGAGACAGUCUCAGGCCCCGCCCCGUGUUUCUGGUGGGCGUGCUGGAACUUCCCACUCAGACAUCUGACUUCAAACAGAGUCUGCAGCUCAGAGAUGCCACCGGAGGCGUGGCCUGUGUCGUCACGGAGACCGGCCGGGAGGACGAGGGAUGUCUGACGGCCUCCUUAAACACGGCCUGGAUCGGAUGUCUGGUGUGUGUCCUCCGGUUCACCAUGGUAACAGAGAGGUUCCUCCAGUCAGAGUUCCCGUCCUACCAACACCUGGACCAGGACCAGUUCAUCACACACAGACGCUGCAGAGUUUACCUGCAGUUCUCCCUGGACCACGUCCACAUCCUCAGCCCCUCUGUCACCAUGGCAACACAGCUGAGGGAGGAGCCAGGAGGUGAAGAAGAAGAAGAGAGAGUGGGGAGGAAGAGAAGAAGAGCAGAUGCUAACCCCCCCAUCUCCUCUCCCUCCUCUGUUGCCGUGACAACGGGCCCCUUGGACAGAGCCCUCGUGUCCUGCGUCUCCUUGGCGAUCAGGGUAGAGCAGAAGGAGGGCGUGGCCCGGAAGAACACCGGGGUGGGGAAACUGAUGGAGGGGGCGGAACUCGCGCUGUGUUUCUCACUCAGAGCCGCUGUGAUUGGUCCGGUGGUCUGCUGGGGGCGGGACCCAAAGAACAGACCAAUGACAGAUGGGGAGGUGGAUCAAGAGAGCCAGCAGAAGGUGUUGCUGGUUCUCUCAGGCGCUUGUGCUCGAUGGUUUCCUGUCCUUCAACCUGGAUGUUUCUACAGAGUCGUCGCCUUUAACAAUCAGGAUCUCAGUGAUCUGAUUGGCUGUGGGGUUUCUGGGCGGAGCGGAGUGGAGCUCCACACUGACUCCACCGUCCAGGUCAAACCUGAUUGGAGGUUCCACACUCUGACACGCCCCUUACUGCAUCCCACUUGCCCACAGGGUGUCUCACCUGUGGUCCUGUCUGUCUCUGAGGUUCUGGACUGCAGAUCAGAGCUGGUCAGUUUUCAGGGUCUGGUGUCGGAGAGGGUCCCCAUCACAGACAGGGGCUCACACCCAGGUGUGCGUCUUACCAUGUGUGACCAAACUGGGAAGAGUCUUCAGGUUUACCUGAGCCUUAGACACACCCCCUGCCUCCCUGGCCUGUUGCCCGGCAACACCCUUCUGCUGUCUGCUUUCCAGAGGAGGUUGUCUAGGUCAGGGGGGGUGUACUGCUCCUACCUACCCGUCAGCUGCAUCACUGUGACGUCACUGGGAGACCUGAGCUCUGCCCCACCUCCACCAGCUCCCAUCAUGCACCUGGGCCAGGAGGCGCUGGGCAGUGAACACAGGUGCAUGCUGGGUAAGGUCAGAGGUCAUGUGGUGUGUUUCCUGUUCCUGCAGCUGCAGUGGAGCUGCGCAACCUGUGGAAGCCUCUACACACAGGUCUGCAGUUCUCGGUGUGGAUCCUCCUCAGCUAUUUUUCAGUCCAAAUUAAAGCUGGUGGUUGACGACGGCACAGGCGAGGCCCACGUUUUGUUUACAGGUGCUCUGGUUCGUUCUGUGCUGGGAUUGGCUGACUCCCAGUGGGAGGGGCUACAGAGAGCGCUUCGACCCAAAGGUGUCAUCAGAGUCUUUCCUCGGGGGCGGAGCCUGGUGUGUGACGGUGACUCUGACGACCCGCUCCUCCAGUUCCUGCUGUGUGUGUGCAGCAAUGAUGUUGUGUGUCGUCCCAUCUCCUUCACCUGCAGGAAACGGACCAAUCAGAGAUCAGAGGAGGUGAGGCGUUUCAGUCGAGGAGACAGAGACUUCCUGACCAGACUGACUCGUCCUCUGCAGCUCACCUGUGUUCACCUGAACUCUGACCUCACCUGCUCAUGACUCACUGUGAUCAAUAAAUGCUGUUACCGAUUCAAUUCAAUUUUAUUCAUAUAGCGUCUAUUACAACAGAAGUUGUCUCUAGAAUCUUUCCAGAGACCAGAACAUAAACCCCCGAGCAAUUAUUACAUAAACACUGGCAGGUAAAAACUCCCCUAGUGGGAGAAAAACCUUAAGCCAAACAGUGGCAAGAAAAACUCCCGUUUAGGAGGGAAGAAACCUGGACCAGGACCUGGAUCAUAAGGGGGAACCUC